UAACUAUUUGGAACAUGUGAGUAUAUCAUGUAAUUGAGGUACUGUUUCCACUACAGUGCUUACUGUACUCUUAGAAAAGCAUUGGAUUUUAUGCUUUUAUUAAGGGAGGUGCUAGGUAGGUGGUAUGCCAGGAGUUGGUUACGCUUAAAACUGGAAUCUGUGCCACCAGCGUCACUUCAAUAUUCUGCACGUUUUCUUUGGCAGGAGCACAGGAUGUCAAACUUGCACCCUGUGCAGCGCGGGUAAAAUGUGGUUACGGGGCACUUCAGCACAGAUCCAGGCAAACGGUGUCAGUAUCGACAGGGAAGAGCCGCGUGCGGCUGAACGCAGCUCAUCUGUGCUGCUGGAGGAAACCAAGCUCGCGCGCAGCAGCACGACUCCGGCCUCCGCGCCUCGCGCAUCCGCGCCUCGCGCCCCCGCGCGCGGACGUUCCCGCCUCCUCCCGCCUCGCGCAGCGCUGAGGAGAGGCGGCCGGUCCCCUCCGGUCCCGAGCCGCCGGGACGCGAAGGCCGUGCUGCGGCCCCGCCGCCACCGUCGGAAGUGAGGUCGCGGCCCAGGCGGGGCCUGAGCCGGAAGCGAGCGAGGCCGUGUUGCGGGUGUUGAGCCGGUGGCCGAGCCCGCGGAGCGAGUCCGGGCAGCAUCAAGAUCCAUUUUGCGUGGAAAUAAGUGGUUCCCAGAGAACAGCCUCAAUGACAGAACUGUCUGCACAUUUACCCCAGUUCCAGCAUGGGCAGCUGACAGAAAACUUCCCUGACAACCACCUCAGCAACACCAAUGAUAACAGUGAAAGACGACGCCAUGAUAAUAGUGAGCGCCGAAGAAAUGACAAUCCUGGGUCUGAGACCAAUGGGCAGCCACAGAACAACAUUCAGCAAGUGGUGGAUCAGGAUGAAGAAGAAGAUGAGGAGCUGACACUGAAAUAUGGGGCAAAACAUGUGAUUAUGUUGUUUGUACCUGUCACACUUUGCAUGGUGGUCGUUGUUGCAACCAUCAAGUCUGUCAGCUUUUAUACACGCAAGGAUGGACAGCUUAUCUACACUCCCUUCACAGAAGAGACAGAUACCAUUGGACAGAGGGCCCUGAAUUCAAUUCUCAACGCUGCAAUCAUGAUCAGUGUCAUCAUUGUCAUGACCAUACUCCUGGUUGUGCUUUACAAAUAUAGGUGCUACAAGGUGAUCCACGGUUGGCUUAUCAUUUCUUCUCUUUUGCUGCUUUUCUUUUUUUCAUUCAUCUAUCUGGGUGAGGUUUUUAAGACGUAUAACGUUGCCAUGGACUACAUUACGGUGGCACUCAUAAUCUGGAACUUUGGUGUUGUGGGAAUGAUUUGUAUUCACUGGAAGGGCCCACUUCGGCUUCAGCAGGCAUAUCUCAUUAUGAUAAGCGCUCUCAUGGCACUGGUGUUCAUUAAGUAUCUUCCCGAAUGGACUGCAUGGCUUAUCUUGGCUGUCAUUUCAGUGUACGAUUUGGUUGCUGUCUUAUGUCCUAAAGGUCCUCUUCGUAUGCUAGUUGAAACAGCCCAGGAGAGAAAUGAAACUCUCUUCCCAGCACUUAUUUAUUCCUCAACAAUGGUGUGGCUAGUGAACAUGGCUGAGGAAGAUCCAGAAGGGCAACGAAAAACUUCUAAAAACUCCACUUACGAUAAACAAGCUCCGGCAAACCAGUCUCAGAAUGGAGAUGCUGAAGCAGAUGAUGGUGGCUUUAGUCAGGAGUGGCAGCAACAAAGAGACAAUAGAAUAGGACCCAUUGAAUCAACACCUGAAUCACGAGCUGCUGUUCAGGCUCUACCUAGUAACUCUCAAACCAGUGAAGACCCUGAAGAACGAGGAGUAAAGCUAGGUCUAGGAGACUUCAUUUUCUACAGUGUCCUGGUUGGCAAAGCCUCUGCAACGGCAAGCGGGGAUUGGAAUACAACGUUAGCAUGUUUUGUAGCCAUAUUAAUUGGUCUGUGCCUUACACUUCUGCUUCUUGCCAUCUUUAAGAAGGCCUUACCAGCUCUUCCAAUCUCCAUUACUUUUGGGCUAGUUUUUUACUUUGCUACAGAUAACUUGGUGCAGCCCUUUAUGGACCAGCUAGCAUUCCAUCAGUUUUAUAUCUAGCACGCUUGUUGCUGAUACUUUAUGUAUGUUUGCAUUUGUAGCAAAUCUGGGAGGAGAAGAAACAUCUUUCCCUCAGUUCUCAAGUGAAACUGAAGUUUAAUACUCAAGAUUCUAAGCCUGAAUCAUUACAACUUCUUCCAGUUUUUUGUUGUUGUUUUUUUUUUUUUUCUGAGACAAGUGCUGCACUGGGCACCACAUGAAUUUUCCUGUGCAAAAGUGGUUUCUUCCUGAUGGCUGGUCUAUACCAGGUGUUAUUUUAUCAGAGGUUAUCUGAUAAACAUAUCUCUGGCAAGGACCACCUGUGUGUAAAUGGCUAAUGCUUCCACCAGCAAUGUGAUCUCUACCACAGGUUGAUUAUUUUCAAAGCAUUAAGGGUGCUCAGGACUUCCUUCCUUUUGACAGAGGAAGCUGACAAAUCACAUGGAACUUGUCCCAUAAGCCAACUCAAACUUCUUCGGCAGUGGUUCUUUGACAGCUGAUUCUGACUCUGCUUUGUGUAAGGAGAGAACUUAUUAGCAAUUUAACAAAGGGAGAAAAUACUGUUGCUUUCUAAGAGUGCUCCACCACUUCAUAGCCUUUGUGCCCAGGUGUGCUUGGUUUAGUACAUUUAAACUUUUUCCCCCCACACUGGAACUGGAGCCUAUUCAAAGUUUUCUUUGUAUUCUCAAGCAUGGAGUGCACUUUCUGUGCCCUUCUUCAGUUUAUGUAGCUAUUUGGACUUGAAUGGAAUUAUAUGGCAGAAGGGUUCACAAAGUCCUAAUUUGGAUCUAAGAUUCUAAAAGGUUGGUAAACUACACUGAAAGGCAAUUUUAGGACUUAAUGUUUGUGCUCUUCCAAAUCAUUUUGCUAGAUCACUUCAAACUCUGUUGUUGAAAAUAGCUACUAACAGCAUAGACUGCGUUGUUGUUAUAUGUUUGUUCUAUUGAGAUUUUCAUGAAAUAAGUAGACAUUCACAACAGUUCCAGAUGGAGUUGAGCUUACCAGAUCUAGAGGCCAAAGUGCUAUCAGUAGCACUUGUAAUGUUUCACUGAAACUUUUCUCUUAAAAAAAAAAUAUAUAUAUAUAUGGCUUACAGUUCUGUUGACCUGAAUGUUGGUCAUUCAAAGAUCUAAGACCAACGUUGAGUAAGGAAUUUAUUUUUUUCCUGAGGAUACUUAAGUUAUUUGAAACACUAUUUAAUGUUAUGAAGGAACAAAAUCUGUGGCACUCUUCAAUUUAAUUACCUCUCCUGUAUGGAAAAGAAGAUUGGACAAAUGAAAGAUGACUCAAAAUCACUGAAAAGAAGAUAGAAGAUUUUGAACAUCUUACAAAAGAAAGAAUUGAACCUAACCUUCAAACUUCUAAACUCUAUUUUGUUCAUCAUUUGAAACAUCUCAUGCAUAAUUGCUUGGAGAUGAGAUCUGUAUGAGAUUUUUUUUAUUUUAUUUUUUUUCUUUCUUUUUUUUUUCCCCUGUAGGCUCUAACUCUCUGACAGUCUUUUUUUUUUUUUUCCCCUGAGGGAAGCACAGGGAGUUGAAUACUCUUGAUGGUCAUUCUGUUUAACUUGCAUCUUGAUACUGGAGUCCUUGCCAGGUAGUACAACUGUUAAAAUCCCGACACAAACUCCUUUGCCCCUUUUUCUUGGGGCUUUGUGUCAGUGCCUAUAGAUUCAAAGGACUGAAACACCACAGAUGCUCACCAUUGCCCAAGUAAGGGAAGAAGGACUAUGACACAUAAGUCUACUUUAAAACCAAGAAAGAUGUACUUUCUUUGAUCAUCUUUGGAAACAUUUGUCUUUUCCAGUAUGAGUUGCUAACUGCAUUGUUAGCGUAAAACGUAUUGUCUAAAGUACUUUUAUUCAUCUCAUUUGUGUGCUGAUUCAUCUUGGAUAGCAUUAAUAAAGUAACAAUAUGAAAAUUCCUUACAUUGACUUUUCAAGGCAAACUUGCUUGUGUUUUCUAGCUUAAGUCACUGUUCCAUAUUUUGCUGAAAUUAAGCCUAUCUUAAAACAGGCUUUUUUUCACUUGGAAGAAUCGGAAAGGCUUUUUAUAUGAUUGUAACUUGUUCUUUUCCUGAGCAUUAUAUCUAAGAAAAUUUCCCUUGUGUAUUUUAUUGGGGAUCCUAACUAUUGCUUUAUUGUACAGAACAGGUUUGCUAAGAGUUGGCACCAUUAGCAUCUGUUUGCAUAUCUGAGCUGAGUCUCAGUUAAGAGCUGUUACUGAAAAUCAGCAGUCAUCCUUAUUAUUUGUUUUUACUAUUUUAAAUAUAUACUAUUGGAGUACUGACUCCAUUAAGAGAUGCUUUAGAAUCCAUAGAAAUACACAGAAGCCUUCCCAUAUACUGAAUGGAUUUUAGAUGUACAGCCUGAGGAAGAGUGAUAGAUGUUCAAUGCAAGGAAUCUCUGAACACUAAAUUCCAGUCUUACUCUUCCUAGAGCUGUUUCUGCUAUUCUGAAUUCUUAAUUUCUGAGCUGGUCUGAUGUUAUAGUGCUGAAGACUGUAAAACAUGUAAUAACAGAAACUGUUGUUCAAGUUUAUGCAUUUGAAUCUCAAAUUCAGAAGGGAAAUCUGAUUUUCAAGCCUAUUCCAAUAUAUGUGUUACAGUACACUGCUUAUUACUGAGCCUUACAUACAUUUUCAUAAAAGAAAUGUCAGAAACUAUUUGAAAUUUUCUGGAUUGGUCCCCUUAUGCUGAGGCAUGGUACUUUGUGUUCCAAAUGAGAUUUGAAACUAAAGAUCAUCUCAGAACUUGCAUCCAUAGGGUGCAGUUAAGAAAAGUGUUUGUUCAAAUUUGAGUUGUUUGAGUUGUUAGUGUGAAAGUUGUAUCACUUUUCUCUCUUUUGUCUUAAUGCAUCUAUCUAAUUUGAAAUUGGUUUAACUGAAAGAAUUCUGAUAUUUAGUCUGCAUUUUUGAAAGAGUUGUUUGCUACUAUUAAAUUAGUUGGGUAAUUACAGCACAUUAGACUGUAGUUCUGAAAGAACUAUUGUUUAACCCCAGUAGCUAGAUUCAUCUGUUUUGUGCUUCAAGCAGACUAACUGGUAACUGCUGUGACUUUGAGUGUCUUGAUAGUUUUCUCUUCCCUUUCAGCUUAAAUUAAUGAUUAAUCUCCUUCUUCAGCAAAGCUACUGCAAAUAAAUACAUGAAAAAACAUAGCACUGGCAAGUUACAGAUUUGCCUAAAAAACAGCCACUUUCGUUUCUCUUUUUAGCACUGAGGAUUUAAUCUGGAGCAAAAAGAUGAGAGAUCCCCAAGAACUGUUAUAGCAAAGGUAUAUGAUGCUGUCGUGUCUAUGGAUGGCUAUUAAUAUGACACUCAAAUUCCCAUGAUGUAUGUUAGGUGAGUCUGGAAGGUACACACUUGUAUAUAUUGCAACACAUUCAGAACAGUUCUUGACGGAGCAGAUAAUUAUUAUGAUUUUAAGCCAGGUAUUCAAGGGCUGUGCUCUACUAAAAAUGGCACAUCUCCUGAAUGUGCAGUGUAGAUUCUGGCUUUUUCAGGCAUAGAAUGGUGCUUCUUGGGUAUGUAAAUAUGUAUCUGUACUUUUAUGUACUCUGGACCUGUAGGUAACAACUGUUCUGCCAUUACUGCAGUGAAGAAUUAAAUAUGCUGGACAGUAAACAUUGGGUGGAUGGUACUGUAUGAAGAAAAUUCUCAAAAUGCUUUAUUUAAAAAGAAAAAGUAUUACUUUUGGCAAUUGUGCUAUUCAGAUGAAUAUAAUGGACUGUGGAACAUGUCUGCACUGUGAUUGCAUCUUGGUGGUAAUUUGGUCAUUGGAAACACUGAAACGAACUAGAAUGGAGUUCUUUUACACUCAAAGCAUUUGCUGUUUUCGUUUUUACAAACACUGGUUUAUACAUAAUCUGAAUUGAAUGUGAAUGUUUUUUAAACACCUUUCUGGUUCUUAAUAAGAUACAUUUUUGAUAGAUUACUGCAAAAUUUCCUGUAUUUGUUUAAUUAUUAAAAUAAAAAUUGCAUGGACCCUGACUUACCUUGUAUUUUAAAGCCAUCAUUUAAUGCUGUUAGAGGCCUAAACAUGGUAGCUAUUUAAUGUAAGCAAGAUUCUUUAGUACACAUAAGUAGCUUAUUUAUUUCCCAAGCACAGUAACUUCUUAAAACUGAUUUCCAUAAAAAUACUCCGUUCUAAAUGCUAUCUUUCAAAUUAAGCAGUUGGUCAAAACCUGUUGCAAAAGCAACUCAAAUUAUAUAGAAGGUUAUAAAAGCUACAUGAGGUUAUAUCCAAACACUACCUUUCACAAUGAAGUUCAGUGUUACCUAGGAAAGAAUAUGUGGGUUAUUCAGAUAAAAAGCUUAGUGAACUGUAUUGUUACUUUGGUUCUGAGUUCAUGUAGAUGUGAUAGGACAAGGUCCUUUACCUUAGCAGUGUUUUUUGUUUUGUUUUGGAGAAGUUGUCACUACAAAGUUGUAUUUGUCCUAGUGGAUUGACUACUGUUGAAGAUGUUUCUUUAGGGGAAUACCUUGUUUCUGCAUGGAAGGUUGGUAUGGAAGACCACAAGACAGAUCCACUCUGACAUACAGAAAAAUCAAGCACAGGCAGUAAGAGGCCUGCAUGGAAGAGCAACUCAUAACUGAACUCAGGCAUAAAAAGGAUGAGUAUAGGAGGUGAAAGCAGAGGCAGAUGACCCAGGAGGAGAACGGAAUUACUGUCUGAUCUUGCAGAAAUAGGAUUAAGAAAAUCAAGGCAAAUUGAGCUGAAUACGGGAAGAAGUGGAAAGGGCAACAAGAAAUGAUUCUCCAACUAUUUAACAGCAAAGGAAAGACUUGAAAAAGAGAGAUACACACCAGGAUGAAGGGGGCUGGAGAAUUUGUGACAAAUGAUGUGGAGAUAGCCAUGUUGGUGCCCUAUUUCCCUCAGUAUUUAUUGUUAAGACUUGUCUUAAAGAAUUCCAUGCUAGUGAGACUAGAGGGAUUACCUGGAGCAACAUGGUGGAGGAGGACCAGAUUACUGAAGACUGGACAGGUUGCACACUGUGGUUGCUAUUCACAGGUUGCACUGUGAAUGCUAGCUGAUGUCACCGCAAGAUCAUUCUCAGUUGUCUUUCAAUUGUCUUGACAGCUGGAGACGGUUCCUGAAGACUGAAAGACAGCAGAUAUCUCUCAUAUCUUCAACAAGAGUGAGAAAGAAUACUUUGGGAGCUACAGACCAGUCAGCCUCCCCUCAGUCCCUGGAAAGGUGAUUGAGAAAUCAUUCUGGAAAGUGUUUCCAAACACAUAAAGGGCAAGAAGUUGAUAGGGAUUAGUUAGCUUGGACUUCAAAGGGCAAAUAAUUGCCUUCUGCAAUGAGGUAACUAGCUUGCUGGAUGAUUGGUUUGUGUAAUUAACUUUGACUUUUUUGACAACUUUUGAUGCUGUUUCCCAGAGCAGCAGCAUCAGACAAACAGACAAAGUAUGUUCUAGAGAAGUGGAUAGUGAGAUGGACUGAAAGUUGGCAGAAAAUCCAGCUCCAGGAGGUUGUGAUCAGCAGUACAAAGUCCAGUUGGAGACUAGUUGUGUACCUCAGAGCUCAAUAUCAGGAUCAGUACUGGUAGAUACCCUUUUUGUUGGUCUGGAUGCUGGAGUGUACCCUCAGCACAUGUGCAGAUGAUGCAAAACUGGGAGGAAUGACUGGUUGAAGAGAUGACUACCAUUUAGGGAGCUCUCAACUACCUGAAGAGAUGGUCAGAAAGGGGUGUCACAGAGUUCAUGGGGAAGUGGAAGGACCUGUAUCUGAGAAGGAGUAACCUCACACACGGGCACCUGCUAGGGCGUGACCAGCUGGAAAACAGCUUGGAGAGAGGGACCUUAUGAGCCAACAGUGCACCUUUACAGCAAAGGAUGCUAAUGGUAUUCUGGGGGUGGCACUGUGAGGACGUGUCAACAGGUCAAUGGAGUUGAUUUUUCCUGUCUGCCCAGCACUGGUUAGGUCAAAUCUAGUGUAGCGUGUCCAGUCCCGAGCUCUUAAGUUACAAGGAAGACUUAAUGGAGGAAAUCCAACGUAGGGCCACAAAAGUGGUUAAGAGAGACUGAGUGCUGGAACCAUUUAGUCUGGAGAAGAGAAGGCUCAGGGAAGAUCUUACUGGUAUAUAUAAGCUCCUGAUGGGUGGGAGUGAAGACAAGAGAGCCAGACUUUUCUCACUAGCACUCACAGACAAGAUGCAAUAGUUACCAGGAAAUUCAAUCACAGGAUACGAAAAUACUUUUUUACUGGGAGUGUGAACAAGUGCUGAAACACGUAACAUAUUGCUGUUGUGGGAUCUCUGGAGGUGCUCACAACCUAAACAAUUCUAUGAUUCUGCAUGAAUGUAAAAUUUCCAUUGUAUGAUAACAAGAACAAAACAAAUAACUGUGAUUAAUCUAUCAUUAAUGCAACUGUUACAUCACAAAUAUGAAAAGGAAGCUUGAGAUUUUUUCAAACAAAAAUGAAGAAAAGUAUUUAGUAAAAAUCUGCACUUUGUAGAUUGUUUCCUUAAGAAACAGAGUGAGCACUCAAAAUGGAACAAUUUGCUGCAGUAGCUGUCUUUGCUGAGUGCAUUGCUUUAGCAAACAGAUAAACCCUAAAUUGAAGUUUUAAAAAAAUUCAUUGUUUUUAAGAGGCUUCUUUAGUUACUGUAAAUUCUAAAAGUAUAGGACUUGAAGGGUGCAGCUGCAGUUGAUAGCAGUGCCAAAACAUGUGGAUUUAUCUUAAUAAAGUUCAAUGCUGAUGUUUGAGGUAUGAUUCCAGUUUUCUAAUUUAAUUACCGAUUUGUUUUUUUACUCCAUUAUAUUUUUAAUGUAAUCUUUUAGGCAUAGGUAGAUAAGUUUAUGUGACUGAUAGCAUUAGCUUGCACAGAGAGUUAAGUUUGGUCUGAGUAGUCACUACCAAGUAUUUUUUAAUUACCUAGAAAUUGCAUUUGAAAUAUGCUUAAGGGCAAAUUCUGGCCUGUAAAAGUCAGAAAUUCAUGAACUGAAGAGAGAAAAGAAUCACCUUUUAGUGAUUGGAGCUAACA